AAAAAAAAAAGAAAAAAAAAGGGAAAAUAAAACGAUUUCGCUUCGCGUGAGAGAGCGAGGUAUAUCCGAACCCUAGAAAUCCAAAAACCCUAGCGAGCGAUCCAAAUGCUCAAGCUUUAGAAUUCUAUGCAUCCGUUUCCCGAUCUAGGAGCUCCGGCGCCUCAGGAUUGCUGAAACCCUCGAAAUCGAUUAUCUGAAACCCUAGAGGAGGCAAGGAGGAGCAUAACAAGGUCGGCAAGAUGAGGAUUAUGAUAAAGGGCGGCGUGUGGAAGAACACGGAAGAUGAGAUCCUCAAAGCGGCGGUGAUGAAAUAUGGCAAGAAUCAAUGGGCCAGAAUCUCGUCGCUCCUUGUGAGGAAAUCGGCCAAGCAGUGCAAGGCUCGCUGGUAUGAGUGGCUUGAUCCCUCCAUCAAAAAGACUGAGUGGACGAGGGAAGAAGAUGAGAAAUUGCUUCAUCUUGCAAAACUCAUGCCUACCCAAUGGAGAACAAUUGCUCCUAUUGUUGGCAGGACACCAUCCCAGUGCCUUGAGCGUUAUGAGAAACUACUUGAUGCAGCCUGUGUCAAGGAUGAGAACUAUGAGCCCAGUGAUGAUCCCCGUAAGUUGCGUCCAGGAGAGAUUGAUCCAAACCCUGAAUCGAAACCGGCACGUCCGGAUCCUGUUGAUAUGGAUGAAGAUGAGAAGGAAAUGCUUUCAGAAGCACGGGCUCGGUUGGCUAAUACCAGGGGGAAAAAGGCAAAAAGGAAGGCCAGGGAGAAACAGCUUGAAGAAGCAAGAAGGCUUGCCUCCUUGCAGAAGAGGAGAGAACUUAAAGCUGCUGGAAUUCACACAAGGCAAAGGAAGAGGAAAAGAAAGGGGAUAGAUUAUAAUUCAGAGAUACCAUUUGAGAAGAGACCUCCUCCUGGUUUCUAUGAUGUUGUUGAUGAGGAAAGACCUGCACAGCAACCUAAGUUUCCAACAACGAUUGAGGAGUUGGAAGGGAAAAGGAGGGCAGAUGUGGAAGCCCAAUUAAGAAAGCUAGAUAUUGCGAAAAACAAAAUUUUACAAAGGCAAGAUGCUCCUUCUGCAAUUUUACAAGCAAACAAACUUAAUGAUCCACAGGCUGUUAGGAAGCGAUCAAAAUUGUUGCUUCCGCCUCCACAGAUAUCAGAUCAUGAACUUGAGGAGAUUGCAAAGAUGGGUUAUGCAAGUGAUCUCAUUUUGGGUAAUGAGGAGCUUGCUGAAGGGAGUGGUGCCACACGUGCUCUUCUUGCAAAUUAUUCUCAGACACCAAGACAAGGAAUGACCCCAUUGCGGACGCCACAGAGAACACCAGGUGGGAAAAGUGAUGCUAUUAUGAUGGAAGCCGAGAACCUUGCACGCCUGAGAGAAUCUCAAACUCCACUUUUAGGUGGGGAGAACCCUGAGUUGCACCCAUCAGAUUUUUCGGGUGUUACCCCAAAGAAGAGGGAGAUACAGACUCCAAACCCCAUGGCAACUCCUUUGGCAAGUCCUGGACCUAUGGGUCUUACCCCUAGAAUAGGCAUGACUCCAUCAAGAGAUGCAUAUGCUUAUGGUGUGACACCAAGAGCAACUCCUUUCCGGGAUGAACUUCACAUAAAUGAAGAUAUCGAGAUGCAGAAUAGUGCAAAGCUUGAACUUCGUAGGCAGGCUGAGCUGAAAAGAAACUUGCAAUAUGGCUUAUCUAAUCUUCCUCAGCCAAAGAAUGAGUAUCAGAUAGUUAUCCAACCCAUUCCAGAAGAGAAUGAAGAAGUUGAAGAGAAGAUUGAAGAGGACAUGUCAGACAGAAUAGCUAGAGAGAAGGCACAAGAACAGGCUAGGCUGGAAGCCUUGCUUAGGAAGAGAUCGAAGGUUUUGCAAAGGGAGCUUCCAAGACCUCCUACUGCUGCGUUGGAGCUUAUUAAAAAUUUAUUGAUGAGGGGUGAUGAAGACAAGAGCUCCUUUGUCCCCCCUACUUUAUUUGAGCAAGCCGAGGAAAUGAUAAAUAAAGAGCUUCUUUCUUUAUUAGAACAUGAUAAUGCCAAGUAUCCACUUGACGAAAAAGUAGAGAAGGAGAAAAAGAAACGCUCUAAGCGGGCAGCCAAUGGAAAAUCUUCUCUUUCUAUUCCUGAAAUUGAAGACUUUGAGGAGGAUGAGCUGAAUGAGGCUGAUUCUCUGAUCACAGAAGAGGUUGAGUUUCUUCAAGUAGCGAUGGGGCAUGAGAAUGAAUCCUUGGAUGAUUUUGUUAAAGCACGUGAUGCAUGCCUGGAAGAUCUUAUGUAUCUUCCCACUCGUAAUCAUUAUGGUCUUGCUAGUGUUGCUGCUAAUAGUGACAAACUCACGAAUUCUAGGGUUGCUAUAAUAGGUGGAGGGAUAAGUGGUGUAGUAGCUGCUAAACAACUGAAGAAGUUUGAUCCGAUGUUGUUCGAGGCCACGGGUGGCAUCGGAGGAGUUUGGAGGAACUGCUCAUUCACUUCAACAAGGUUGCAGACUCCUCGAACCGACUAUGAGUUCUCCGACUAUCCAUGGAAAGAUCGAACCGAUGUUUCCUUCCCGACAUACACCGAAAUACUUGACUACUUGCAUGACUAUGCAACACAUUUUGAUUUAUGGAAUAAUAUAAUGCUGAACACUAAGGUAGUCGAAAUUCGGUUCAUCGGAGAUAAGAACAAGGUAGGAUUAACUGAACUGUGGGGCGGUAAUGGCCGUGCUCUUGCCGAUCAUCCUGUUUGGGAGGUCGGAGUGAUCACUGCUGGAUCACAUGAAAUUAAGUGGUACAAGUUUGGAUUUGUGGUGAUGUGCAUUGGAAAGUAUGGGGAUGUGCCAAACAUGCCAAUCUUUCCUCAAGGCAAAGGGCCAGAGGUUUUUAAUGGGAAGGUGAUGCAUACUUUGGAUUACUGUAAGUUGGACGAAGAAGCCUCUCAAGAGUUGAUGAAAGGGAAGAAGGUUGUGGUUGUUGGCUAUAAGAAAUCAGGCAUUGAUCUUGCUACUGAAUGUGCUAAGGCUAAUCAAGGUCCUGAUGGUCAGCCAUGCACAAUGGUCAUAAGGACAUUGCAUUGGAUUGUGCCAUCUUAUUCAAUAUGGGGCUUGCCUUUCUUCUUGUUCUAUGCAACAAGGUCUUCUCAGUUCCUACAUGAACAUCCUAAUCAAGGCCUCUUCAGCUCUUUCCUUUGCCAUCUUUUAAACCCAGUGAGGAAGGCAGUGUCCAAGUUUAUAGAAUCAUAUUUAUCAUGGAAGCUCCCUCUGGCUAAGUAUGGACUCAAGCCAGACCAUCCCUUUGAAGAAGACUAUGCAUCUUGUCAAAUGGCCAUCUUGCCGGAGAAAUUCUUUGCCGAGGCUGACAACGGCCGGAUUCUGUUCAAGAAGUCAUCCAAUUUCUGCUUUUAUGAACAAGGACUAAUGUUAGAUGACAACUCUAAACUUGAAGCAGACAUUGUCUUCCUCACAACCGGUUACGACGGUAAGAAGAAACUCAGAUCAGUCCUUCCUGAACCAUUUAACGGACUCAUUGUCAACAAUUCCGGACUCAUGCCACUCUACAGAGGAACGAUACAUCCCUUGAUACCGCACAUGGCGUUUGUUGGGUACAUUGAGAGUGUGUCGAAUCUUCACACAUCGGAGUUGCGGUGCAAAUGGCUGGAGAGGCUGCUUGAGGAGCGGUUCAAGCUUCCAACUGUGGAGGCGAUGUUUGAGCAAGUCAGCGAGGAAACUGAGAUCAUGAAGAGGACCACAAGGUUCUACAAGAGGCACUGCAUCUCGACCUACAGCAUUAAUCACAGUGAUGAUAUCUGCACAGAGAUGGGAUGGCAAUCAUGGAGGAAGAGAAACUGGUUCAUGGAGCUCUUCAGCCCUUACAACAACCAGGACUACAAAGAAGACAAAGAUAAUUAGAAACAAAAAAUGCACUUUGAUUGAUUUAUUUGAUGAGUUUCCUGAGUUAAUAAAGAAAAUAAAUGUACUGAUGUAUUGCUGCAUGAAUGUAUACAGAGUACUGUUUUAAUCUAAUG